GAUGCGCAAAGAACCGUCGCAACUCACUGUCGCAGUUGAAAAGCAAAACACCAUUUUAAGUGAUUCGCAAUAUUUAAGAUUUUAAAACUCCGCAACACGAGCCCACCAGCAUGGACUACGACGCUGACGGCGACGCCGAGCAGGACCAGGAAGUGUCCAAUGAAACCGUCGGGCCGGCGAAUGGCUCCGUCCGGUGUUUCUUCCGGGUGUUUAAGCGAAAGUACGGCUCCCAACAGAUGACCGCCGACGAGCGGUUCGGCGUGUGGCUUGUCCGCGCCCACAGCAUCGACGAGUUUCGCACCAGUCUGUGGGAGCUGGUGCGGCCCCACGUAAAGCGCGCCAUCGAGGUGGUGCAGCCGGGGGAUGGGGGCAGAAUUGGGUACGCGUUCCGUUGGGGCGGACCGGCCGACCCGAGCGAGGAAGAUGCGCCACAAUUUGUCACGUUUUGCGAGAAGAAAAAUAAGAAGGUCUACACGUGGAACCACAUCACCAGCACACACACGCUGAAGCGGUGGCAGGAUCAUGAGAUCAUCCUAGUCAUUCACGAGUACUCAACGGCACUUAAAACCAAAGCCGUCUAUCAGAUCGCGCUGAAUACCUUUCUUGCGGCGGGUCUGAAGGCGGUGGCGAAGGCCAGCAGCAAACCCGUAGCGAAGAAACCUGCCGCGGUCAAAAGGCCGGUGCUUCCGCCGGCCGCCGACGGGUACAGCUUCCGGGAUGAGGUUCGAGCGAUGCGAGAGACGUUCUCCCAGAUGCGAAGUCUCAUGAACAUCCUGGACAGCCGGCUCUCGCUGCUGGAGCAAAAGUGUGACGAAGCGACGAUUGUCCCUGUUAGCAUGGACACGACUGAGGAAGCUGCCGAGGAUCCGCUGGUGAAUUUUAGUCUCAAGGUGGAAAUGCUCGACUGUGAUGAAGACGAGGAAGACGACUAG